GAAAAAUGAAAAAAUUGCUGGCAGCAUAAAAGUCAAUAGGAUUCAUUCGAUCAAUUAGAGAAAUCUUCGAUGAAGAGUAUAAUGAACAUGCUUAGGAAUAUGAUGAUAUAUUAUAGAGCCUAAAAGGAAAACAAUAAUAUUAGUUUACAGAUUAUAAUUUUCCUCCUUAGAGCAGUUCAUUAAGUUUAUAAGAAUUACCAAGGAGUAAAAUAAUAAAAGAAAGUAGGUUGGAACAAUUUGAGUUGGAAAAGAGCAAGGGAGAUUUUUGAAGAUUAUGAUAUAUUUAAUGGAUGCAUAUAGCCAUCAGACAUAAAAUAAGGGAUAUUGGGAGAUUGUUAUUUUUUAUGUGCACUUAGUGUGAUAGCAGAGAAAUGUGAAUUAGUGAAGCGUCUAUUUCAUAACAGUGAAAUGAAUGAUUAUGGGUUGUAUGCAGUAUGGUUAAAUAUAAAUGGAGAAUGGACAUCUGUAGUAGUUGAUGAUUAUUUUCCAUGUAUAGAUAAUUAACCAGCCUUUAGUAGAGCAAAUGGAUUAUGGGUUAUGCUUUUAGAGAAGGCAUAUGCAAAAGUGUAUGGAUCAUAUUUGAAUAUAGAAGGAGGGAAUCCAGCAAUAGCAAUGAGAGAUUUGACAGGAGCACCAUAUGAAAAUAAAGAAAAUGGUUCAGCUUAAGAAUUUUGGGAUUAUUGUGAGUAAAAUCAUGAUUAAGGGUUUUUAUUAACAGCAUAUACAAAAGAGGCAGAAUUAGUUAAUCAUGAAAAUGAAUUAGGAUUGUUAGCAGGACAUGCAUAUGCAAUAUUAAAAUUGGCUAAUGUAUAGGAUUCGAAUAAUAAAAUAUGUAGAAUAAUGUAGAUGAGAAAUGUAAAAAAUAUAUAACAAUACUAUAGCCAUGGGGAAGAGUAGAAUGGAAGGGAGAUUGGUGUGAUAGUAGUAAAAAGUGGACAGAAUAAACAAAAUAAUAAUACAGUGUGGAAGAUAAUGAUGAUGGCAUCUUUUGGAUGUCAAUUGAAGAUUUUAGAACAUUCUUUGCAGGUAUUGGAGUAUGCAAAAUCAAAAAUGACUAUAUAUAUAAUAGUAUUCAAUGUUAGUUGAAUGAAAAUAAUUGCUGCAUAAUACAUUUAGAUAUGGUAGAAGAUUCUCAUAUUUAUAUUUCAUUUAAUUAAAAUGAUAAUAGAUUUCAUCUUAAUUAAAUUUCUGAUUAUAGAUAUUCCUUUGUCAGAAUCAUAGUAUCAUAAUUAAUUAAUAAUUCACUGAAAUAUAUUUCAGGUAUAUAUAGAGCUGAUAGAAAUGUUGUGGUUGAUUAGAAUUUAAAAAAAGGACAAUACUUAAUUUUUAUUGAAUUAUAGUGGUAAUAUCCAUAAAUCUAAAUCAUAAGCACUUUAAGUACUUAUGCAAGUAAAAAAGCAAAACUUAAACGUAUAAAUGGUUUGGAUUAUUUAAAUUCUAUUAGAAAUAUCAUUAAAGAUUACUCUGAUAAUAAUGCUCAUAAACUCAAAGAAAUUAACUAUUUAGAUCAAUACAACAAAAAUAUAUUUAAAAGAAUUGGAAUUGUUGAUGGAUAUUUAUUCCUUCAUUACCAAAAUCAAACCUUUGAUAGUAUUUUAUAAGAAGUUAUUAAUUUUACUGAUACUAUUGGAUAUAUUCCAAAAUCUCCUUUAUAAGCUACUAAUUUUACUAAGGAUGGAUAAUUAAAGAUCUAAUUUACCUCUCCUCCUUAAUCUGUUGUAAUCAUUUUAUUUUCCUAAGUAAAAUUCAUUCAUGAAAAUAGGUUAGAAGUUCUAUUGGAAAAUGCUAAUAUACUUAACAAUCAUAAAGCCAAAUCGUAUGUAUUCCAUAAAAACAUGAAUAAUAUGAUAACAAUUAAUUCAUUCUAAAGUAAUUGGAUCUCUCUUAGAUGUAAUUAGUAGGUAGACACAAAUUAAAUGUCAAAUAUUACUAAGAACAUUCUCAAUCUAAAUUUAAGAAUUCUAAUUUAAUUAAAAUAUUUCAAUCUUAACCAGAAAAUGUUGAGAUUUCCAGUUUAGAAACUUCACUUUUUUAUUAUUUCCAUGAUUUCCUUUCAGGUAUUAUGUUUUUUAAUUCCUAGAAAAUUGGGAACCUUUUAUAUUUUAUAUUUUACUACUAAACUUGCUAUUCAUCCUGAUAUUAAAUAAUCAUAGAACUCAUUAUGCUCAAGUAAUCAUAUCCAAAUAAUUUAGAUAACUAACAUUCUAAUAUUUAUUAAUUAGAUUUUAGGUGGUCAAAAAUUCAGAAAAUCUUUAAUUCGCACUUUGUCCAAAGCACAAUUCAUUUCAAUAUUUUUAGAGAUUUUAAUUAUGUUGUUGGGUUUCGAAUCUUAAUAUUUUGUUCUCCCUCUAAAUCAAUUAACAGUACUUUAUAAGCUUUUACUUAUUAUUACUAUUUUUCUAAAUUUCUUACUUUUUGUGUGUAUACUCAAAUUCCUUAUUCAUUAUGAGACGAUUGAGGCUGAAAUUUUCAAUCCAAUGCAAAUAAGGUAUAGAUUUAUCUUAAUUUAGAUUUAAUAAUUAUUUAAAUAAAUUAUCAUAGGUAUGA